AUGGAAAAGGCCAUAUCUAAAAUGCUGACACAACUACCUCCAGAUAACAACUCCCCUAGUAGGGGUAACACGCUUCAAGAGCCCAAGGAUGCAUUGGGCUCAGAGGUUUCCGAAAAAGACCUCCCGCCCCUGCCUAAGCAGCACAAGAAGGGCACCACGGGGCCCCAACCUAAGGGGAAAGGACCGUCCAAGCACUCCAGGCAGCUGGCAACAGCUGUACCACUUCCCCCAAUGCCCUCCUCAGACGAGGAGGAGGAUUACCAACCAGAUUCCCUUGACAUCCUGGAUGAAUGGAGAGUGGAAGAUUCAGACUCGGAGCAAGAGGGCGACUGGCAGGAUGUGCCACCUUCACUCCACAGAGAAUCCUUCAAGGAUGAUUCCUUCCAUUACGACACACAUGACUCCUUCCCAUCAGAGUGUGAUGGACUUGUCCUUGACACCCAUGGCAGUCCACUCUUUGACCUAAAGGACCAUCAGACAGCCUCGGUCUUCUGA